AUGACUGACAAAUAUUUGGACUGUUUUUUUGGGGGGGAUAACUUUUCUAAGUUAUUUCUAUUUCCAGGUUUCCAUGUAUUUAGGCUACUGAGCGGAUCAGCAGUAGCCCUGGUAAUAGCUCCCACUGUGUUACUGACAAUGCUUUCGUCUGCUGAGCGAGGAUGCCCUAAGGGCUGUAGGUGCGAAGGCAAAAUGGUAUAUUGUGAGUCCCAGAAAUUGCAAGAGAUACCCUCCAGUAUAUCAGCUGGAUGUUUAGGUUUGUCCUUGCGAUAUAACAGCCUUCAGAAACUAAAAUACAACCAAUUCAAAGGUCUUAAUCAACUCACCUGGCUCUACUUAGACCACAAUCAUAUCGGCAGCAUCGAUGAAAAUGCUUUCAAUGGAAUACGCAGACUGAAAGAGUUGAUUCUGAGUUCCAACAGAAUUGCCUUUUUUCUUAACAACACCUUCAGACCAGUAACAAACCUCCGAAAUUUGGAUCUCUCCUAUAAUCAGCUGCAUUCCCUGGGAGCAGAACAAUUCAGAGGCUUAAGGAAGCUGCUGAGUUUACACCUGAGGUCCAAUUCCUUGAGAACGAUCCCCGUCCGGAUUUUCCAGGACUGUAGGAACCUGGAACUCUUAGACCUGGGUUACAACAGGAUCCGAAGCCUUGCAAGGAAUGUCUUUGCUGGCAUGAUCAGACUGAAAGAGCUGCACCUGGAGCACAAUCAAUUUUCUAAGCUUAACUUGGCACUUUUUCCAAGGCUGGUCAGCCUACAGAACCUUUAUUUACAGUGGAAUAAAAUCAGUGUUAUAGGACAAACCAUGUCUUGGACUUGGAGCUCGUUACAAAGGCUUGAUUUAUCGGGAAAUGAAAUAGAAGCUUUCAGUGGACCAAGCGUUUUCCAGUGUGUGCCCAAUUUGCAACGCCUCAACCUGGAUUCCAACAAGCUCACAUUUAUUGGCCAAGAGAUUUUGGAUUCCUGGAUAUCUCUGAACGACAUCAGCCUCGCUGGGAAUAUAUGGGAAUGCAGCAGAAACAUUUGUUCCCUGGUAAACUGGCUUAAAAGUUUCAAAGGGCUGAGGGAAAAUACAAUUAUUUGCGCCAGCCCCAAAGAGCUGCAAGGGGUGAAUGUUAUAGAUGCCGUGAAAAAUUAUAGCAUCUGUGGCAAAAGUACUACAGAGAGGUUUGACAUGCCACAGGCUGCUCCCAAGCCCACCUUUAAACCAAAGGUCAUUCGGCCUAAGCAUGACAGCCAGCCCGCCCUGCCCCCCACCACAGAGAUCCCCAAGGCCAGUGCCGGGCCCGAGAACAGCACCGAGCAGAUCUCCUUCCAUAAAAUUAUUGCUGGGAGCGUGGCCCUCUUCUUGUCCGUGCUUGUGAUUCUGCUGGUCAUCUACGUGUCCUGGAAGCGCUACCCUGCCAGCAUGAAGCAACUGCAGCAACGCUCGCUAAUGCGACGGCACAGGAAGAAGAAACGACAGUCGCUGAAGCAGAUGACUCCAACCACCCAGGAAUUUUAUGUUGACUAUAAGCCCACCAACAGUGAGACCAGCGAGAUGUUGCUGAAUGGGACGGGACCUUGUACGUAUAGCAAGGGAGGCUCCAGAGAAUGUGAGAUACCUUUAUCUAUGAAUAUGUCUACAUUUCUUGCAUACGAUCAGCCUACAAUAAGUUACUGUGGUGUACAUCAUGAACUUCUCGGUCAUAAGUCCUAUGACUCAAGUGCACAGGAAGAAACAAUGGAAACACCAUUAGAGACUGACCUGGAUCUGAGCACAAUCACAAGAGCAGCACGAAAUCAGUGAUCACACUCAGCUGACUUACGUUGUCCGAAAGAUAACCCAGAAUCAUCACCAUUUUUUAAAAAUUUGUCAUGAAGAAUUAAAUCAGUAUUUCUCCAGGGAUGGAUUGAAAACUCCCCAUUCUGUUUAAAAAGUUACCUUUCAAAUACAGAUUGUUUCAAGUCUAUGAUUUGUAAUUAGCUAAGUUGUGCAGUCUUUUUUUUUUUUUACUUAAAAAUGAAGUAUGAUCCUUAAAAUAAAUCUUGGUUUUUUUUU